GAGCGAAAUUGGAAUCCUCCACUAUCAAUGGCUUGCAUGAGAAGCUAAGGAAGGAGAGGUGAAAGUCAUUGUUGAUGUCCUCAAUGGGUGAUCCAGCUGAUGAAAAUCUUGAAACAAAAGAGAUGGAUUCAAGAAGUUUGUCGUCCUCACAUGAUCACGAACCGUACGUCCACAAGGUUGGAAUUCCUCCAAGACAAAACCUCUUCAGGGAAUUCCGAGCCACUGUAAAAGAAACAUUCUUCGCUGAUGAUCCUCUUCGGCCAUUCAAGGAUCAGCCUAAGUCCCGGAAGUUCAUCCUGGGAAUUGAAGCCAUAUUCCCCAUUUUUAGAUGGGGAAGAACUUAUAGUCUCACAAAAUUUAGAGGGGAUCUUAUUGCUGGUCUAACUAUUGCAAGUCUCUGCAUUCCUCAGGACAUUGGAUAUGCAAAACUUGCAAAUUUAGCUCCACAGUAUGGACUGUACUCUAGCUUUGUUCCACCACUGAUUUAUGCUGUCAUGGGUAGUUCUCGUGACAUUGCAAUAGGACCAGUGGCAGUGGUUUCUCUCUUGUUGGGAACUUUACUUCAGAGUGAGAUUGAUCCCAUUGCAAAUCCUGUAGACUAUCAACGGCUUGCUUUUACUGCCACUUUUUUUGCUGGGAUUACUCAAGCAACACUUGGGGUUUUUAGGUUAGGAUUUUUGAUUGAUUUCCUAUCUCAUGCUGCAAUUGUUGGUUUUAUGGGGGGAGCUGCCAUCACAAUUGCCCUUCAACAGCUUAAAGGUUUCCUUGGGAUUCGAAAGUUCACAAAGAAAACUGAUGUUAUCUCUGUGAUGGAUUCAGUAUUGUCAUCAGCCAAACAUGGAUGGAACUGGCAAACUAUAGUCAUUGGAGCUACCUUUCUGGCUUUUCUUCUGUUUGCCAAGUAUAUGGGAAAGAAGAACCAGAAAUUCUUCUGGGUGCCAGCAAUUGCUCCAUUGAUAUCUGUGAUUCUCUCAACUUUGUUUGUAUACAUAACUCAUGCAGACAAACAUGGUGUUGCAAUUGUAAAACACAUUGAGAAAGGGCUAAAUCCUUCAUCUGUGAAGGAAAUCUAUUUUAGUGGUGAUUACCUUGGGAAAGGCUUCAGAAUUGGCAUCGUGGCUGGCAUGAUAGCAUUGACUGAAGCCAUAGCAAUUGGAAGAACUUUUGCUUCUAUUAAGGACUAUCAACUGGAUGGAAACAAAGAAAUGGUGGCUUUAGGAGCUGUGAAUGUUGUUGGUUCAAUGACUUCCUGUUAUGUAGCAACUGGUUCUUUCUCUCGGUCAGCAGUAAAUUUCAUGGCUGGCUGUGAAACUGCAGUUUCAAAUAUUAUCAUGUCUGUUGUUGUGUUCUUAACAUUGCAAUUCCUCACGCCUCUGUUCAAAUACACUCCAAAUGCCAUUCUUUCUUCAAUCAUCAUUUCUGCUGUCAUCAACCUUGUGGACUACAAGGCAGCAAUUUUGAUAUGGAAGAUUGAUAAAUUUGAUUUUGUUGCUUGCAUGGGAGCAUUUUUUGGGGUUGUUUUUGCCUCAGUUGAGAUAGGACUUUUAAUUGCAGUCUCUAUAUCCUUCGCAAAGAUCCUAUUACAAGUCACUAGGCCAAGAACUGCAAUUCUUGGGAAAAUUCCUAGGACUACUGUCUACAGAAACAUCCAACAAUACCCCGAAGCCACAAGGGUUCCCGGUGUGCUAAUUAUAAGAGUUGAUUCUGCAAUAUAUUUUUCCAACUCCAAUUAUGUUAAAGAAAGGAUAUUAAGAUGGCUGAUGGAUGAGGAAGAACGAGUGAAAGGAGACUACCAAACAAGAAUCCAAUUUUUGAUAGUUGAGAUGUCACCGGUUACUGACAUUGAUACCAGCGGUAUCCACGCCCUUGAAGAGUUAUUUAGAAGUCUUCAAAAGAGAGAUGUUCAGCUUGUGCUGGCAAAUCCUGGGCCGCUAGUAAUAGACAAGCUCCACACAUCAAACUUUGCUGCUUUGCUUGGUGAGGACAAGAUCUUCCUCACUGUUGCUGAGGCUGUUGCAUACUGUUCUCCAAAGCUUGCUGAGGACCCUUGAAAAAUUAGAAAAUGUGAUUCUUACAACAUUGUUAGGAUAGGAAAAUGAGGUGAAGAAACUAUGUGGAGGUGGUAAAGACAUACGGCUUUCAUGUUUCAGCUGAGUUAGCUUGUCAAGAAUGAGGUGGUCACUACAAAAAGUUAGUACAUGUGGCCCUUUGUGCUGUAGUUAGUGCUCU